UUUUGCUAGGGAGUUGCCAUGGUGACCCUCGGGCGUCUUUCUCCGAGUCUGAGGCCUACUCAGUGUGUGUUUGUGAGAGAGAAGAAUCAGAGCCACCUUGCACCUUCUUCGUUCUCUGUGGCUGGUUUGAGGGCCUUCCUUUCGGGGCAGGGACAGAUUUAAAGACUGUUCUCUUUGUGGCUGAUGUGAUUUAAGCUAAGCUCCUCAAGACGUGUGUCUCGGCCCACCUUCAGAGUUAGUUUCAAGGAGAAAGGUAGCAGACAGAUAUCUGACUUAAAAGAACAAGCAUAGAAUUACACCUCAGUAAACUUUCAAAAUGAGUAUAUUUCCUCCGGUGCCAAUUAGAAGUCCCAAAGCCCACCCAAGUAUGGAAGAUAUGAAGUGCCCUUCACCAAACCUUGCAAGGAUGCAUUUGAUCAAAGGCAAAGAUGCCAUAGAUCGUUAUUUGGCCAUGCAUAUCAAAGGAUUGUCAAAACAAGAGGCUGCCGCUUAUCGGAAUUCCUACAUGAAGAACACCUGCAUAGACAUGCUGCGACAGGGCUAUCACAAGUCUUUCGCGGAGCUCUUUACUCUGAUAGAGAACUGGAAUGCCUUGAGGGAGGCUUCAGGGCCUGGGUCAGCCAUAUGGCUGGAGAAGUCUCUCGGGGAGCAGCCUGAUAAGUUGGAUCAGCUUCACUUCUUCCUGACCAGGGCAGAGGCAGCCCAACGAUCAGAAUAUUAUGAAGAGAUGUAUUCUAACCAACUCAGUUUGGCCCAUUGCUUCAAUAAGCCUGAAGACAGAUGGUUAAGGAAUUACUUCUAUGAACAGUGCUACAAAACUGCUCAGCUGAUUAAGAUUGAUGGUGGGAAGAAAGAAGCAGAAGCACAUUCAAAUAUGGGUCUUCUUUAUGAGGAGCAAGGUCAAUUCCUGAAAGCUAUAGAACAUUAUGAAGCAUUCCAUCAAUUGACAGUGGGCCGUAUGUGGAAAGAUGAUACGGGCCGGACUUUCAAUUCACUAGCUUGUGAGCAUCUCUGGAGGAUUUACACAUUACUAGCAGACAAAAUGCUAGGAAAUAAAGAACACCAACAGGCCAUCAAAAUUCUAAUAAAAGCUUUGGAAAUGGCAAAAGAAGUGGGGAGUAAGAAGAUGGAAGGAGAAGCUGCCUACUGUUUAGCUUUAGUAUAUCAUUCAGCUGGAGAAGAAAGUAUGGCGAUACUUCAUCUAAAUACUUAUCUGGAAAUAUCCAGAGUAUUGGGAGAUUAUAUUGGUAUAGGGAGAGCAUAUCAAGCUUUAGCUGAAGUUCUGGUAAGUCUGGGAGAAGUGUCAACAGCUAUUACAUACUUGGAAAAGUUCAUGAAUAUUGCCAAAAGACUACCACUGAGCCAAAGUUUAGUGGAUGCGUGUACAUUCCUUGGAAGUAUUUACAACGCACGGGGGAACUACUGCAAGGCUUGUGAAUAUUUUGAUCAGGCAUUUGCAGGAGCAAAUGCUCUUAACAAUUUCGCUCUGCUGAAUGAAACAAAGGUAUAUUGUGGCAUUGGAAGAGCUCAUAACCUGAUGCUGAAAGUUAACAGUCGCACAGAAGCUGCAGAUCACGUCAACAUCAAGUACCUGCUAGCUUGGAAGGAAAACAGGAGUGACAUGUGCAGUGACCCUUUUACAGUUGAUGCCAAGAAUGAUGGAAGCACUGAAGAUACACAUGCAUCUCCUCCCAUUCCUAAAGACACUACCUGAGCUUUUGGAGGCCUUCUGCAGCUGAUAAAUAACUGAGAAGAUGCUUGUUAGAAUGACCCUUGAACUGAAAACCUUGGAAUAUUAAUAAUGGAAUAAAAUAAGCAUAUCAAAGAUGAUUAAGUAUGUCUUUAGCAUGUGGUAUUUUUCACAGCCCAAAUUAUCAAUCAGGUUCCAGACAGAUCCAUUCCCUGCAUCAGAUUCCUUUCACACAAUUCAAAUAAAAUGUCUUUGUGGCUGCAUUUUAGAAGAAAA